AUGGCCUACGGCGACCGGCGGUGGUACACAUACAUAGGAGAUGUCGUCCUCGCAAUCGCUGCAGUAGGCGCCUACACUAUUGCACUCUCUCGUAUCCUCGAAACACUGACAUUCAUCGCUACCCAGCCCAUUGCCGCCUGGUACGCCGCCCAGCACAUCAUCAGACAACUCGACCCCGAUCGCCUACAGAAAGCCGAAGCCGAGCAAAAGAAGCUCGCCGCCACUCGACGCUUAUCGAACAUCUUCUCCAACCACGACAGAGAUCGCGAAGACGACUACGAAGAUGCCGACGACGAUGAAGACAACACCAGGCCACGGAAACGAGAGCUUGUCCUCACGCUGUACGAGCAGACAAUCGCCAUGGAGGUUGUCCAACCCACAGAAAUACCCGUGACAUUCCAAGACAUUGGAGGACUCGACGACAUCAUUGAAGAGCUGCGCGAAUCCGUGAUAUACCCUCUGACCAUGCCUCACCUGUAUGCCAACCACUCCUCGCUACUCACGGCACCAAGCGGUGUUCUGCUAUAUGGACCUCCUGGCUGCGGUAAGACCAUGCUCGCGAAAGCCCUAGCCCGCGAAUCUGGUGCCGCAUUCAUAAACCUGCACAUCUCGACGCUGACCGAGAAAUGGUACGGCGACAGCAACAAACUGGUCGCAGCCGUCUUCUCCCUAGCGCGAAAGCUUCAACCUGCAAUUGUCUUCAUUGAUGAGAUCGACGCAGUGCUGGGACAACGGAGGAGUGGAGAGCACGAGGCUAGUGGGAUGGUGAAAGCAGAGUUCAUGACGCACUGGGACGGUCUCGCGUCGUCAACGACAGAUAGUGGAAUGCAGAGGAUAUGCAUUUUGGGCGCAACGAAUCGGAUCCAGGACAUCGACGACGCAAUUUUACGGAGAAUGCCAAAGAAGUUCCCAGUGUCACUGCCGAACGCUGGACAGAGGCGCCAGAUCUUUGAGCUUACUUUGAGGGAUACAAAGAUCGACACUGGAUGCUUCGAAGCAUUACGGGGUCUCCAGAGCUCCAGUGGAUACUCCGAAGGUAACCGCCGGCCAGCCUUCGACCUCGAUGUUCUGGUGCGAGUGUCUGCUGGUAUGUCAGGAAGCGACAUCAAAGAAGCAUGUCGAGAUGCGGCGAUGGUGCCUGUACGGGAAGCGAUCAAGUAUGCGAGAUUGAGUGGCGGGAGCAUGAAGAAGAGCAUAAGGAGUGAUGCUGUCCGAGGAUUGCAAACGGAUGAUUUCUUUGGAAGAAAGGGUGGACAGCUUGAGAAGAGUUCCGCGCCUCCUCUCAGCAUCGAGGCGAGUGAAGAUGGAGACGCGAGGAGUCAGGGCAGUGGGAGUACGGAGGAAGUGGACAAUUUCGAUGAUGUGGAAGAGGUCGUUAAUUCCACGAGGAGAUAG